AGUUUUUGUAACUAUGCAAGAGCUGCGACUGAAUCAUUAGACAAUCCUGUAUAAUUUCAUAGAAAACUUUAAAAGCAAAUAGCAAUCAUGUCCAACGAAAGAGCAUACGCACAUCCCGCAUUCCAUGGCGGAAAGAAUAAUUCGGAACAAGUUACGGAUGAAUACUUAACAUGUCCAAUAAGUGGACGACCUGGAUUUAUACAUCCAAAAAUUUUGCUAUGCGGCCAUACAUUUAGCAAAGCAAGCUUGGAAAGUUAUGCUGGUGGAGCUAGAUGCUUUUGCUGUCCAAUGUGUGGAAAGGUGACAGAAUUACCAUCUAACGGGGUUUCUGGCCUUAGAGACAACAUCUUUAUUGAUACACAAGUUGAAAUGCUACUCUCAAGACAUAAUAAGGCUAGAGGCCGCGAUGACUCUUUUUACAACAUAACAAAAUACGAAUGA